CCGCCCACAUACCGAAACUUCCUACGGACUGAUGCCGCAUCAUCCUUUGACUGUACUGUCGUCGACUCGUUUUUGGAUUUGGCAGGUGAAGAUGGCGGUCCCCUCAGGAAUUAAAGUUCCACGCAAUUUUCGUUUGUUGGAGGAAUUGGAAGAGGGCCAGAAGGGUGGAGAUGGCACAGUCAGCUGGGGGCUUGAAGACGAUGAAGACAGGACACUCACACGGUGGACAGGCAUGAUUCUGGGACCACCACGUACUAAUUAUGAGAACAGGAUAUACAGUCUGAAUAUGGAAUGUGGACCUAAAUACCCAGAGGCACCUCCCACAUUUAGAUUUGUGACCAAAAUUUGCAUGAAUGGGAUAAAUAAUUCAAAUGGGACGGUGGAUGCACGUAGCAUACCAAUUCUGGCAAAAUGGCAAAAUUCGUUUAGCAUUAAAUUUGUUCUUCACGAGUUACGGCGUCUAAUGAUGUCCAAAGAGAAUAUGAAGCUUCCACAGCCACCCGAAGGACAAACCUACAGCAAUUAAUUGUACUAGAAUGUUUUGACCCUCUGUCUUGAACCCUUGUAAAAGUGGUGUUCAUCAUGACAGAUGCUCACUUCAUACGUUGACAGUUAUGUCUGAAGACAAGGCUGGACUUGAUUAUUCACUUGGAAAUGUCCCCACAGCAAGGCAAUGACUAAUAUUGAAUUAAGUGUAAUUGCACAAAGUCGUCAAUUUAUCAAAGUUACUUUGACAGUAAACUUUAGAAUGGUAAUUGCUGGCUUUUAAAGAGAAGCAUGACACCAGCUGAAGGCUGUUUUGGAGUCUGGAAAAUGUAAUGAACAAUGGCUUGACAUGUCAAUGAGUCUAUAAAUAAGCAGGUAUCAGAUACUUAUAGAAAUGUGUCUGUUCUUUAAAACGAGUGUGUAUUGUUUUAGCUUUUUUUAUAUCAGUGUUUAACACAGUACCAAUAUGUUUCAUGCUGCUCAUUACCUUACAAUUUGAAGCCUGUUGUGAAUGACGGGCCCUUUUUGUUUUACAAAGCCUUUUUAUACCUGUAUUCACAUGAUUCCAAAACACCCUUGUUCGUUAUGUUUGAUUAUUUAGAUUUUUGUUCAAGAAAGUCACAGGCUCACUUGAUUUUAAUCAAGUGGUUACAAGUUGUUCCUCUCAUCAGGUUACUUUGACAGUAACAUUUAUGUUUGAAAGGGUAAGGUUUGGCCUGACAGAAGGCUAUACACAAGUUUUGAUUUAAUUUAGAAUGCUCAAUUUAGGAAGGAUAUGGGAAUAUGCUGCAUAUAUAAAUAUUAAGUGGCUUUAGUGGAACAGUAGUGUCACAAGAUGUUUUAUUUUGUUUUUUUAUCUGAGUUUGACACUGUACCAAUGUUUUUCCCUGCUGUUUGACAUGUAACAGGUUUUGAAGCCUGUUCUCAAUAAAGAUAUUACAUUUGAUGAAGUUAAAAAGAACCUGGAUCCAAAUGUGGAUUUCUGAAAUAAAAUUCAGUCUGAGAAUUAA